ACUGUCGCCAUCUUUGAAACUCAGGAGGAGGUGUGCACCAACAACCCUGGUCCACAAGCCUUUUCCACAAAGUUUAAUUUACAUAGCGUUACAUAGACUAACUUUGCCCGACCAUGGCCAGCCGAGAAAUGCAACAGGCCAAUAUGCAGAACAGUAAUUCUCCUCAACCGGCGAAAUGCGGGACGGACUCCCCGGCCCCGGAGCAUUCACCGGCAAACAAAGACAGCCCAGCGCCGCCGCCACAGCAGUCCCCCACGGCCGAACAGGCGGAAGGAGCCGGGGAAGGAAGCGAGAAAGCCCCGGCAGAAAUGACUCUGGAUAUCACGAGCUUUCGGAAGCCCGGGGAGAAGACGUUCACCCAGCGCUCGCGUCUGUUUAUCGGGAACGUCCCGCUGGAUAUGCCGGAGGAGGACUUCAAAAACAUGUUCGCAAAAUAUGGAAACGUCAACGAGGUUUUCAUCAACAGAGACCGCGGCUUCGGCUUCGUUCGCUUGGAAACCCGGACACUGGCAGAGAUUGCUAAAGCUGAGCUGGAUGGGACUAUUUUGAAUAAUCGCCCAAUCAGAAUCCGCUUUGCUACACAUGGUGCUGCGCUCACAGUACGCAACUUGUUGCCUGUAGUAACAAAUGAGUUGCUGGAACAGGCGUUUUCUCAGUUUGGGCCGGUGGAACGAGCUGUUGUCGUGACAGAUGAUCGCGGUCGUCCGACAGGGAGAGGGAUUGUGGAGUUUGCUAACAAAGCAGCUGCACGGAAAGCCCUGGAGCGCUGUACAGAGGGAGCGCUUCUGCUCACCACCACACCAUGUCCAGCUAUUGUGGAGCCUUCAGAGCACUUUGAUGAUGAAGAUGGGCUGCCUGAAAAAUUGCUGCCAAAAAUACCAAAGUACCACAAGGAACGAGAGCAACCGCCACAUUUUGCUCAGCCGGGCACAUUUGAGUUUGAAUACGCGUCUCGGUGGAAAGCUCUUCAUGAGAUGGAGAAACAGCAAAGAGAGCAGGUGGACAAGAACAUUAAAGAGGCCAAAGAGAAACUGGAGGCGGAGUUGGAGUCGGCCAAACAUGAACAUCAGCUCAUGUUAAUGAGACAAGAUCUAAUGAGACGUCAGGAGGAGCUGAGGAGGCUCGAGGAGCUUCGCAACCAGGAGCUGCAGAGACGAAAGCAGAUAGAGAUGAGGCAUGAAGAGGAGAGGAGGAGGAGAGAGGAGGAGAUGAUGAGACACAGAGAACAGGAAGACCUGAGACGCCACCCAGAUGGCUUCAAACCAAACUACAUGGACAAUAGAGAACAGGAAAUGAGAGUGGGUGAGCUGGGCCCUCGUGGAGCCAUUAAUAUGGGAGAUGGCUUUAACCAGGCCUCUCCGGGGCCCAGUGGUAACCAGGGUCAAAUGAUGGGCAUGAGUGGAAGGGGAGGAGCUGCUGGCCCAGAGGGAACGACAAAUAUGGGGACACCGUUGAUGUCAGAGAAUGGAGCCAUGCGAAAUGAUCGAUACCCGCCAGGUGGAUCAAUGGGGGGGCGACCAGAAGUUGAGUCCCCAAAGCAGCAGCAGCAGCCGCCACAGCAACCACAACAGCAACAACAACAGCCACAGCAGCCACCAUUGGGCCCUCCAGGUGGACCUGCUCCAGGAUUUGGCAGGGGGAAUCCGAUUGGGGGAGUAUUUGAUGGGCCAAAUAACAAGCGACGCAGAUACUAAUUACACUCUGAUCAUGGACACACAGUGCUAAUAGGUCUUUGUUACUGCCGCGUCCCGAUAAUUUAUUUUUCUGUGUUACGUUGACUAACGUUCUCCUCCGUGACUUGGACAAGUUCGCUGACAUAAUCAGGCCGAUUUUUACGGGACGUUUUAUGUUUUUUUGUUUUUGUUUUUUUACACUUUUCUGCAACACAAGUGGUCACAGAGGGGGAUACACUUUGGAACUGAUUGAGUACAGGAAAAUGGGUUUUUAUCUGCAAUGUUUAUAAAUACUAUUUUUCUUGGCAUGUAUUUCUCCUCUGUUUUUCCACAAUGGAAGGGGUUGCCCUUUUGGUGUGUUGGAAUUUUGCAGACAAGUUUCAUAGCAUGAUGAGGACGGCCUUGUAGCUUGACAACUUCUAACUGCUGUAGUCUUGGAUACAGUUUAUUAAGCUGCUGUAGGGGAGUGACACAUUAAAAAAAUAUUAAUUACAUUGGACAAACUAUAAAAGUAAAAAAAAAAAAAACAACAAAGGUUCGGGUAGUAAACAAUCUUAUUAACUACAUUCGUUCAUCUUUGCCUGAGUUUGUUUUUUCCUCCGUUUUUAAGCAUUCCCUUACUCGACUGUUGCUAAUUAGAUGUUCAAUCUUAAGGCAAGUGAAUGUUUCUACAACUUCAGUGCUUCCUGUAUUUGAUGGUUACGAGAAAUAAAGAAGUUGUUCAAAGUUCUGUCUCAUAGUGAUUGAAAGAAUUGUUCUUUUCUCUCUAAACUCGGCAAGAAGCAAAAUCUAAUCUGCUGAACAACUUCAACCACCCACCAGCCCGUAUUCUGUAACCUUGUUGUAUGUUGUAUACUUCCUGUACAAUUCUGAUCUGGGAUUGCUGAAUGGCUUUUGGUUAUAAAAAAUUUUGGAACUCUCAUUUGUUAUUUACUAACAUAGUGCACUGUAUAUUGCUGUAUUCUUUUUUUAUGGAAAUACAUUUGAUAUUUUAAUAAGACUGUAUGUAUAUGU